AUGACCGUCCGAGGCACGCAGAAGCACCAAGUGCCCUUUUUCCGGGAUCUCGCCUCGGCAGGUGAUGAUAUAUUUGGUUGUAUCAACUGCGUCGAGCAACCGAAUUCUGUGACGAUCAGCUGGGUUGGCCAGAGGGACGGGCGCAUUUUGCUCAAGCCAAUCAAAUAUGCCUGGAGCACGUGGUCAAUGACUGUGAGCCUUGCAAAUCUCGGCUGCGUCUCGAUACUGGACGUAAAGACGUACGCCUCGCUAUGGACUUUUGACAGACCAAAACUUGAGCUCUUCGAGCGCAUGUUCAUUGAUUUUUUCGUGGUCGAGGUAUCGGAUCCCGGCGGAGGCGAAGAGCUCAUCUAG